AUGAGUUUUUCUGACGAAGACUGUGAGAAUCUGAUUGAACUAAUCAGGCAGCACCCUCCGCUAUACAAUGCACAACUAGACUCCUACAGAGACGAAAAUUUGAAGAACAAUAUUUGGAAAAGCAUAGCUGAAAGCAUAAAUAAAACAGAUUCGGAAUGCCGUAAGAAAUGGAAACUGAUCAGGGACUCCUACAACAGAUAUAAACGCAAACAAAAACAAUCGACGGGAUUUGCAGCACCAGCUAAAAAUUCAAAGUGGCAGUUUUAUGAACGCUUAAGAUUUUUAGAAAACACACCAUCAGAACGGCAAGACUGCACCAGUAUAGAAGAAGAACAGCAAAGCUCCGCCAGUGUAGAAAAAGAAGUUACUAAUACCUCCACAGGAGUAGAACAUGAAGAUACUCCUCACGAAGGCGCAGACACGUCACUGGAGUCAUUAAAAUCUCAAGAGUCAGUUGAUGAUAUAUCGAUAUUUACAAAACAUAUUGAAAUGAUGCUAAGAAAAUUGAGCGCACGUUCAAGAGCAAUGGUAAAAACUGAAAUAUUUAAUAUUGUCUCGAAGUAUGAGUUCAGAGAUAUCAAGGGUCAAACUGAACGCCCCUAUACAAGUUCACCUUCAUAUUUUCCAACAAUAGCGGCUUUAUCAGGACCUCAAGCACAGAGUGAUUCAUCACGCCAGUUAUCAUAUAAUUCAAAUUCAUCAUAA